CCUUGUCUAUACUCGCUCUGUCAAAAGUGAAAUACGUGAUAUUGAUCAUACAUACUUUCAUAAUUUUCCUCUUAUAAUGUGUUUUAAUUUUCAAUACAAAAAAUUGUUUAUUUUACAAUAUAUCUUUACAAUUUCAUAUUCAGACAUAUAAAGCGAAUAUUUUGACGACAUUGCAGCGCAUUGAGAUUGAAACGAAUGAAAGUUUAAACCAAUAGAGACUGGCAACAAAGAGAGAAUCUUAAGGAAGCGUUCGAAAAAAACGAACAAGUUACGAAUAUCGUUAAAAAUCAUAUCGUUCGAGUCGUGCGCGAACUAUAAAAAUUCUGAAAUUCUGUAAAAAAAAAUUCUGUAUCUACCUCGCGAUCACUUUUUUAUUUUUGCACCGUAGAGAGAUAAUAAUCAUUACACGCGAACACACGUAGCGUUUAUCUUUCAACUAUGCGCAUAAACAAACGCCGUCCAACGCGUUAAAAUUACGAGCUCAUAUUUCAGCCUAUCUAUGGAUUCCUAUGCAACACGUGGAGGAUUAUUCCAAAUCCAAGCCAUUAACUAUUCUCUUUCGAAUAGUUUCUCUUCUUUCUUUUCUUUUUCUUUUCUCUUUUUUUUUUUUUUUUUUGCUUUUGAAAUUUUGUUCUUAUCGCGCUUAAUUUUCACGAUUUCAGAUUAAAACUGUCGUAAAAAAGGCGAAGAUUUUAAUAAAAUGGAAGAACAGCGCGUUCUUGUGCUCUCGUGACCAUCGCCGAAACGAAGCCUUUUCUCUUGCUUCUCCUAAAAAAAAAAAGAAGAGAUACUUUUUCUUCAUCGCUGUUCCACGAUGCGCGUUCUCCGCUCGUCGAUUCUUCUCGUUCUCUGCCUGUUUCUCCACGCUUCCGUACAAGAAUGGCAGAUUCAACACAAGGAGGCCGACGAUGAGAUUCAGGAACGAAUAAAGACGUCCACGUUCACAAUUGUUCCACAAACGAAGUGGUGCGGGCCAGGUAACAAAGCGAAAAACUUCGACGAUUUGGGAUACUUUAACAUAACCGACGCCUGCUGCAGGGAGCACGAUUUCUGUCCCGAGAGCAUCAAAGCUUUCAGAAAAAAAUACGAUCUGUGGAAUGCAAGCAUAUUCCUCAGGUCAAAAUGUUCCUGUGACAAUAAGUUCUACAAGUGUCUGAAGAAAUCGACAGAGAAAAUCGCUUCCAUUAUAGGUAAGGUUUACUUCAACGACAUAUUAAAUCCAAAGUGCUUCGAAUUCGAUCAUCCUAUCACCGGCUGCAAAACGUACGAAAAGGGACGUUGCAUCAAGUAUAAUUUGGACAAGAAAAAGCCGAAGAUUUACCAAUGGUUCGAUCUUCCCACCUUUUGAUUAUUGAUUAAUUAUUAAUUAAAUGCUUGAUUAACUCCUUCGAUUAUUAUUUUUCAUUCGAUUCGAUAUCGUAACAUUUUACUUUGGAAACAAAUUUUUCAAUCUACCAAAUUUGCCCAGUCGAUGAAAGUGAAACGAGUUUUUCUAUUUAAUUAAUAUGGAUGUCUUAUUUAAAGAGGUAUCAAUCUUUUGAAAAUUAAGAUCAAAUGAAAAAUUGUAUCCUAUGAAUUUCGAAGAAAGAUUUUUCAUUUCUUCUUCAAAUGUAUGUAUAUAUAUUUAUGUAUAUAAAAUUGAAGAAUGUUCUUGUUUAUCAUAAAAUAAAUUUAAGAAUUAUAUGCGA